AUGUAUCUCCCCCUCCACAUACUCAUCAGAACCUUCCUUCACUGCCGUCCAUUCUCCCAUUCCGCCGCCGCCAUCCUCCACCCCCCAGAGCCAGACCUAGAGUCGUUCACCUACCUCGAAGGCUUUCCAAAACCUGACCCUAAGUACGACGAGACCAUCCUCGCUAUCCCCCGCAGAGAUUUCGGGAAGAACAUUUCGGCCAAGGAGCACAAAGUCGGUCGCGUUCCGAGCAUAGUAUUCGAGCAGGAAGACGGCCAGCACGGCGGUAACAAAGGCCUCAUUUCCGUCUGCUCUGAUCAGAUCAGGAAGCUCAUUAACCAUCUCGGACGCUCGUUUUUCCUCUCACGCCUCUUCCAUCUACAAGUUCUCCACCAAUUCGACUCUGAUUCAAACCCUAACGAUGACAAUGUCAUUGAGAACGUUCACGUUUUGCCCCGCAGUAUUCAUUUGAAAGCUGGCACAGAUGCACCUUUGAAUGUUACAUUUAUAAGGGCUCCUUCAGAUGCUUUGUUGAAAGUUGAUAUUCCUAUUGUAUUCAUAGGAGAUGAUAUUUCCCCUGGACUCAAGAAAGAGAAGGAAGUUUGUGCUCAGAGUGUAAAAAGUUACCUAUAAUUCAAUGAUCAGCAUCACCUCAAAACUGAAUAGACCAAGACUAUGGUUUCUGCGUAGGUUCAAUUUUAUGCUCAUGGGAUUUUAUGCUAGAUGGUAUGUGCAACUGGUUAUAUGUUUUAUGAGAAAAGUUUCUAGUUCUCUGUUCCAUAUGGCUAUGGAUAGCAAAAUAUGGUACAGUGCCAUGUCCAAUAUUUGUUUUAUCAUGAUGGGUUUAAGACUUGGGUGUUUGGAUAAAAAAAACUUAAUUAAGCUCCUAUUCAACAACAGUUUAUUAUGAGUUGUUUUAGAUCAGCCGUUUCUACUUUCUACCAUCGAAAAUGGA